AUGGCUCAGGACAGCCAAAGCAUGUCUCAAAUGUUCCCCGGAGAUACACUGGCACAGGAGCAUACCAGUUUGGCACUCCUUGCAGUAUACAACUUCCUGCAGAUAUUUGGAUUUAUGAUCGUGUUAAUAACUCUUAUCAUUGCAUGGAUUUCUCCUGGAGUUCACCGGUCACGGGUCUGGUACUCAUUCAUGCUGUCCUGGCUAUUUUUCUGUCUCUCCUACUUCAUGCUUGCUGGGAGUCAAGUUGGGCCAGAGCCUCCGGCCUCUGUCUGUCUGGUACAGGCAGCACUGAUUUAUGCUGGACCAGUUCUCACCUCUGCUGGAACACUCUCAGUGAUGCUGCAUAUGUAUCUGAUCCUCUGGUCUGUCUUUAAAAAUAAGGCACGGCCUAGCAAAAGACAAAUUACAAUGAUUCAAGUUUAUCCAUAUAUUGUAGGGCUUUUGACACUUAUCAUUGCCCUUGGUAUUGGACUUGCACAUCCAUCCAUUGCUGCAAGAGAUGACACAGGAUUUUACUGUCAUUAUACCAGCAGCAUCCAACCAACAAUUACUGCUGUGGUUGUGCUUUUAACAGUGCUUGUUAUGAUAAGCUUUGAAGCCAAGACUGCUUUGUUGCUUUAUAGGAACUGGACCGCUUUCCGGAAGUUUCACUCGCAGGAUGGUAUAUCAUUGGCCCUCAUUGUUCGCCUGUCCAUCUUCAGCAUUUUGCCUAUGGUUGCUGGAGGGUUAACUGCCCUCUCAUUCUUCACUCAGUCCACUGUGAAUGGAGCAAAAACACACCUUGCAACAGCCAUUUUGCCAAGCGCCGCAGGCUUCAUCUUUGGAACUCAGAAUGACAUUCUCAGAGGGUUGAUGUUCUGGAAACCGAAGGCGGAAAGUGAUGAGACGGAACCCAAAGACAGUGCAGUGGUUUAG